AAUUAUUUGACUUUGGUGAAACAGAGGAGAAAUGUGUUCCACGUUUACUACAUGGAAAACUAUUAGAUAGCUUAUUCUUCUGUUCAAGACAGUAAGAAAGACAGAGGACAGAACACACAAGGAUUUCAGCCCAACUCAACUUUUGAAGGUGAGGACAUGGCAUACACCAAAGCACCUGCCAGUCAUGGUAUCUCCACACACCCUCAGGAACUGGAAUGUGAGGAUCAGCUAGCUACUAUUGAUCUGGAGUGGGAGAUGGAAAAGGAGCUUGACGAGCCUGGGCUGGACAACUUCCGACUAGAGUGUGCAGACUCACAGACCUUGGGCACCUUAUCCAGUGCUGAAACGAAUUCAGAGUUUAUCCAGCCAUCAGUGUCUCCUCACGGACGGUUCCAGCGGUUACAGGAGGACCCCAACUGUGUCUUGCAGUACAGUGGAACUGUUCCCAAGGUGCACAAGCUAAGUUUUACCUGCAUUGUCAAGUAUGUGCUAAUUGGAGCAGGAGCCUUUUUCCUGGGACUGCUCAUUGGUCUACAUGCUAAGCGAACUGAGGAGCUGCGCAUCACAUCCACCAAAAGUACAGAUAUGAUGGAAAAGGUUUUACAAAACAUCACUGCAUUCAAGAUCCAGGCAUUAAAAAGGGAUUUCGAGUCCUUAUCUGGACUCGGCGAGGAAGCACGGGUGAAGUAUCUUGCUCGGCGCUGGGAGGAGUUUGGACUGAAGAACGUCCAGCUGAUCAAUUACACCGUCCUCAUCAGCUCCCCUGGAUCCUUCCCGAAUACCAUCACUGAUCUGGCAAAUAAGCGGUGUUUUCUGCCCAGUGGAGCGAACUGUGACACAAAUCCCCAUAUAACCAUCAACGAGUCCUUUGCCUUUGCAGCCUACUCGACUGUGGGAAGCCUGGAGGCAGAAUUGGUGGACAUACAGUAUGGAAGUUCUGAAGAUCUGAGAUUAAUCCGAACUGAGAUGAACGUGACCAAUAAAAUCGCACUGCUUAAAAUCGGUCCAGUACCUUUGCUCAACACGCUUUCUCUCCUGGCCGAUAUGGGCUUCGGCGCUUGUCUCAUCUAUGUGGAUCCCUGUGACGUCCCUGAGGAUCAGCCAUUACUGCAGAAGGCAUUCGGGGUGACGUUAAACCCAGGAGGGGACCCAUCAACCCCAGACUACCCCAGCACAGAUGGCAGUUUCAGGGAAGAUCGUCGCAAUUUGACGUCUCUGUUGGUGCAGCCAAUAUCAACCGAGCUAGCCAAAGAGUUGCUCUCUGCACCUGGUGUUCGACAUAGCCAACCUUGCAUUCCUAUGAAAAUGGCAUCAGGCUCAGGACAGAGGAUUAUAAAGCUUAGCAUUGGAUCUCAAACGUCUUACAGAAGAGUAUUUAAUGCCAUUGGCUACCUGAGAGGAAACAUUAAUCCAGAUAGAUAUGUCCUCGUUGGCUCUCGUCACAGUAGCUGGUACGAGGGCGGCCUUGCAGACUGGAGUAGUGGCGCUGCAGUCAUCUCUCAAAUCAUCGCCUCCAUAACAGCCCAGACCCAUGCACGCUGGCAGCCGGACCGUACCAUUGUCUUCUGCUCAAUGGGAGGUUCUGCCCUUGGCAACAUCGGCUCCUUUGAAUGGGGAGAGGCAAACAAGGUAGUUUUGGAGAACACAGUAGUGGCCUAUGUCAGCCUCCAUAAUCCAGUUAGAGCAUAUGGACCACAAUCUACAGCAUCACCAUCUUUGCUGCAACUGGCUUCGGACAUCCAUAAGAAACACUUAAAAAGUUGCCUUCAUGCUGAAGGCUGCUCUGGCCUGAACGUCAGCUCUCUGCAGUCUCCUGUGGUCAUGGACUUUUUCACCAGUCAGCUUGCUGCUCCACUGGUGGAGUUUGCAUCAUCAGCCAAUCCAGUUGAGAGUGCUCGCUUCCUCUCAGAGGCUUUUUUCCCCUUCGAGUCGUCGUUAGCAGAGACCUUGGACCCCGCCUACAGACUUCACGAGACAGUUGCAAAGAUGACUGCAGAGGCCAUCCUGCGACUUGCUACCGAUCCUGUGCUUCCCUUCUUGCCCUUGGAUAUAGCACUGGACAUUCAAAAUAAACUCAAAGAUGACCCAUUAACCAGACCUGAUCUAUUGGCUGCUGCUGCAUCCUUGCGAGACAAUUCUGGCUUUUUCCAGUCAGAUAUUAUGCGCCCAGCCAACGACCCAGAGGAGCGCGAACCUUCCCAUGUGCGCAUGCUGAAUGACAUACUGCGAGACCUGGAGAAAAGCUUUCUCAUUUCAGACCCACCUCAGGGCUUUUCACGGAACAUUCUCUAUGGACUGAACACAAAAUCUCAAGGCUUUGCCAUCUUGAAGUCCUCUGCAGAAGAUUUUAAACAUGACAGCGUGAAUCGGUCUUUGUCCCAGGUGUUCAGCUCCAUCUGUUCAGCUGAUAAGCUCAUCCAAAGUGGUCUCCAGCUUUUUGAGAAUGAUCCUAAUGGUUCACUUUGAAACAAUCACCGCAAAAUGGUGCAAGCCCAGAACCAUACAUCAUUAGGCAUGAAAGACACAUUUGAUAAUGGAGUAUGGGGAGGAGACUUAUCUAUCAUGGAUGGUACAUGUGACUGAUUUCACAUGCAUUUUCAAAGGAAUCAGAUAUUUGAAGCUAUUUGUGAUUGAGAGAUCUUAUAUGAUAUUCUAAGGGGUCCAGAUACAUUAUAUUGCCAAAUGUUUUGGAAUAAUUUCCACAGCCACAUGUGUGUAAAAAUCAAUCACCUAGGCAUGCAGACUACUUCUACAAACAUGUGUGAAUGAAUGGGUCACUCUUAGGAGCUCUGUGAAUUCAAGCAUCGUGUUUUCUGUAGUGACAAAUCACGCAUCUCUGUCUGGCAAUCCAAUGGAUGAAUCUGGGUUUGGCUGUUGCCAGGACAACAGUACUUGUCUGACUGCAUUGUGCCAAGUAUAAAGUUUGGUGGAGGGGGAAUUAUGGUUUUGAGUUGUUUUUCAGGGGUUAGACUCAGCCCCUUACUUCCACUGAAAGGAACUCUUAAUGCUUCAGCAUAUUAAGACAUUUUGGACAAUUUCAUGCUCCCAAAUGUGUGGGAAAGGUUUGUGAAUGGCCCCUUCCUGUUCCAACAUGACUGCACACUAGUGCAAAAAUCAAGGUCCAUAAAGACAUGGAUGAGUGAGUUUGGACAAAAAUUCCCACAAAUGGUCAAAAAUACCCAUAAACACACUCCUAAGUCUCCUAAAGCCUACCCAGAAGAGUUUAAGCUGUUUUAACUGUCAAGGGUGGGCCAGCUCCAUAUUAAACCCUGCAGAGUUCAUGUGCAUGUUAAGGCAGAUGUCCCAAAACAUUUGGCAAUAUAGUGUAUGUUUCUCACCAAUAUCAUGGCAUAUGUACAGAAAAAACCUACUGAUGAAUCUGUAAAGAAGGUAAAGCUGUCCCAAAGGCCUAAGGACAAAAUAAGGCACACCAUAAUGGAUCAGAAUCAGAUUAUAUUUUCUUCUCUCAAGAGGUUUACCUUUUAUUUUUAUACAAGUUAUUUUAAAAGAUACCAGGAUUUUGUCUUCAGGGUGACUAAGCAUUUUUAAA